AUGGACGUAGCUCUCGAAAUCCUCGAUCCUCUUAUUCUGGAUAAAGCCUAUGCAUGGGCUCUACCCGCCUCAUCCCCCGCCUUUACAAACUCUUCAUCAGCCACAUUUUCGGCGGCGGCGGGCUCACCGCUUACUUCGCAAUGGCCGCGCGACAACAUCUAUCGUCAGAUUGUGUCACUUCUCACCAUUACCCAGUUGGGCGCCACCUCGCUCUAUCUCUUCUUCAGCGCCCUGUCUUACUAUCUUGUCUUUGAUCGCCGCCUCGAGUAUCACCCGCGUUUCUUGAAGAACCAGGUCCGACAGGAGAUUAAGUCGUCCUUGUUUGCCAUCCCUUUCAUCAACUUGAUGACCCUUCCCGUGUUUCUGGCAGAGGUCCGUGGCAAGAGUCUGCUCUAUGCCAAAACAAGCGACUACGGCUGGCAGUGGCUGAUCGUGUCGACCGUCCUGUACAUGGCCUUCAACGAUAUUGCCAUCUACUGGAUUCACCGCCUCGAACACCACCCUAGCGUGUACAAGUACAUUCACAAGCCACACCACAAAUGGAUUGUCCCUACACCAUGGGCUGCCCUGGCUUUCCACCCGGCUGACGGAUUCAUUCAAUCUCUGCCAUACCACAUCUUCGUCUUCAUAUGUCCAAUGCAGAGAUACCUGUACAUGGUCCUCUUCGUCAGUGUCCAAAUUUGGACCAUCUUCAUUCACGACGGCGACAUGAUUUCGGGUCAUUGGACCGAAAAAUUCAUCAACAGUCCCGCGCACCACACGCUGCACCACAUGUACUUUACCGUCAACUAUGGACAGUACUUCACCUGGGCCGACAACUACUUUGGCUCCCACAGGGCCCCGGAGCCCUCGCUCGACCCCAUCCACGAUGCUCUCAAGGUGAUGCGGGCAAAGGGUCUUGUCGACGAGCAGGGUAACCUGAUCAAGCAUGCCAAGAAUGAGUAA